AUGUGGAUGUGUGGACUAUUCGAUCAUCUGCUGGAAACAAGUUUCGAUGAGUUCCAGUGGCCACCAUAUGGUGUUAAUAUUUUGGUUGAGACUCGCCGAGCACUUCGUGGUAAGCCUGAUAGAGUUUCAAGGGAAAACAAUGUUAAAUCAUUCCGCCAGAUCGCACUUCCCAAGUGCCAUACGCCUAACAAAUCACUGGAAUUGCUCGUAAUGGUAAAGUCGUCUACAGCCAAUGUAAAGAGAGGACAAUUGGAGCGACUCACUGUACCCAGUCUUGUCGUAUGA